UGGUGAAGGCAGUUGGAUUUAUACUUAGAAAAUAAGAGGUCGAGAUAGAUUUGAUAGAGUUUAGAAAAGGGGUUGAAUUUGAUUGAAUCCAUCUAAUUUGUGAUUUUUUUAGCCUUAAAGAAAUGUUUUCAGGAGGGGGGUUAACAUGUUCUUGAGAAAUGAUGUUUGGUCUUUGUUUUAAUAGUUAUUAUGACUAGCAGGCUGUUCCAUUUUGUUAUUGAUCGAUAAAAGAUCGUGUAUUUUCGUUUCACUUAAUCCACUUUUCUUGAUGCUUAAUCCCAUUUACAGCCUGCAGUAGUUUUUUAGGUUUGCUGUCCUUAAUGUAUUCUCAUUUUAUGAUGCCUCCAUUGUUGUUCUUUGUCAUGAAGAAGUCUGGCCUUUUCAGAUGCAACUUAUUUCAUUUAAGUGGAUUGGCUACUGCACCCUGGAGGUUUUAAGUAUGUUUUAUUUAUUUCUCCUAUGUUAUGAUAUCUCUUAAUUUUAUUUUCUUGCUUGAUUUGGCUAGAGAAUUAUAAAUGCUAGGUGUCCAAUUUAAUUUUUUGGUAAAUGAGGUGAAAAAAAAGAAGCUUGAGGAAAAGAAUGGCAUCAUCAUGUGCUGUGGGUACUUUGUUUUCUUAACCUGUUAUGCAUCAUCAUGUGCUGUGGGUACUUCUACAUGGUAAAUGUGUUUGAUUGUUAUUUCUUUGGUUAAUACUUGCUGUUGGGUUUGGGUGGUUGUGUAUGUUGAAGAUAUAGGAAACCAAAUUAACCAAUGAAGGAAUCUGACUUGAAUACUGAGCCUGUUGGCCAAAACCUGUUAAAGUUGAUAAGCAAUCUAUGUUUCUCAGUGUUUCUCUUCUCAGUUUUUAUAUAUUAUAUACUAGAUUAUGCUUCUUACAUAUGUCAAUCCUUUUUAACAUUAGCAACUACUUAAAUAAAAGAAAUUGGAUUCUAUUUAGUUUUUUGGCGGUGACAGGUGAAUAUAUACUUAAAUGUUUACUUUUUUAGGCUGACUAACUGAUUAACUGUCUACAUAUCAAUUUGUUUUUGGAUGGUUAUUCUUAUAUUUCUCUCGCAAAUGUUCGAACAUACAUUGCAAUUGAUAAUGUGCUACUGUCAAUUAUUAUAUAUUAGACUAUGAUACAGAUAUAGUUUCUCCUUUGUGUUUGGAUCUCAAUAUAGUUCUUCUCUUUGUAUCAGACUGACUUAUUGAAUUUUGCAGGUUGAGUGGGCAGCAUUUGAUAGGACAAAGAAGGGAAGAUAGGUGGAGGGGUUCCUUAGCAUUCUGGUGCCUCUAAUUCUUAUUUAUCAGAAUGCUUACGAUUCCCUAGUGAAGUUAAUGGAAAAAGCUGUUAGAAUGAGAAUUGAUUUUUUUUUUUAUUAAAUGAUGUUAACUCUA